AUGUUUUCCUUUUUUAAACAGAUUAGAGAUAUAUUUACAGAAUCGCAUACAUCUUAUCAACAGAUACAAUUGUCACGUAAGGCAUUUUUCCAAUUUCUGGGAUACUUGAGCAGUUGUGUAUUGAUAACGUUAGUAACACAAUCUAAUUAUUUAGAAUAA